AUGCACGGAAAAGCGCCAUCAGUGGCUGCCCACGUCGUUGAUUUUGGGCGUCAGCUCUCUUGGGUGAUUCCUGUGGCGGGUGUCUUCGUGUGCAUUCUCUCAUUUAUCGUCUACCAACGAUGGUUUUCGCCUUUGGCCAAGAUCAAAGGUCCAUUUUUGGCGUCCCUCAGUCCUCUCUGGAAGUUGCUGAGGUUCAACAAUGGCAACUUCCAUGAAACAAUUCUAGCUCUCCAUGAGAAAUAUGGGCCGAUUGUCCGCAUCGCCCCAAACGAGGUGAUCAUCUCUGACAAGUCGGCGAUCCGGGAGAUUUAUAAUACUGUACAAGGCAGAGAUUUCUUAAAGGCUAAGGGUAUUCAAAGUGCUUUUACCGCCUUCCGACCGACCAUAUUUGGUCAAAGAGACCCGUACCUGCAUGCUCAGCGCAAACGGAUUGUGUCUCACGGAUACAGCAUGAAUGCCCUCCAGUCCAUGGAGAAGUUUGUCCAGGAGCGUCUCCAGAUCUUCAUGGGAAAGAUGUCAACUUUGGCAGCCUCUGGCACCCAGAUAAACCUGGGCAAAUGGUGCCAUUUCUUUGCCUUCGAUGUCAUUGGAGAGUUGGCUUUUAGCGAGGGGUUUGGCAUGCUCGAGACAGGAGUCGAGGACGAGCAUAUUCGCCUCAUCAACAAUCAGAUGGAGUUUGGCUCUACAAUAGGAAUGAUGCCAUCCUUGAUUCCGUAUACGAAAUGGACUUGGCUCCCGAUUCCAUGGCUGCAGAGUCUGCAAGCGGGCCGUGAAAGGUUGAAGGAGCUUACGAGAUCUCGUGUCGAACGGAGACAAGAGAAAGUCAGCGACCGGAAAGAUCUGCUCGGCAGGCUCAUCGAGGCCAAAGAUCCAGUGACAGGUCAGAUGCUUGAUUCUAUCGAUUUGCGGACCGAGGCUUUCUCCAGCAUUGUUGCAGGUAGUGACUCGACAUCGUCGGCGCUGAGCUAUACCUUCUAUCACAUUCUGGGCCAUCCAGCUGUCUACGAAGCCCUGACCAAGGAACUGCGAGCAGCAUUUCCUGAGCGCGAUUACAAGACCGAUGAGACACCCCCGACAUAUGCGGACUUUGGCAAAUUACCCUAUAUCCAAGCCGUAAUCAAAGAGAGUCUUCGUCUGACGCCUCCUGCCACGAUCAACCUCCCCCGCUACGUGCCAGAAGGCGGGCGCGUCGUUGCUGGCACAUUCUUCCCGGCCAAGACAAUUGUCGGAAUGUCCGCCCUACCCGUCCACCUCAACCUGGAAACCUUUGGUCCGGAUGCCGAGAUGUUCAACCCGGACCGUUGGAUCAGCGGGUCUGGUGGGAUCAGCCCCGAGGAGAUGCAGCGGUACUGGAUGCCCUUCGGGCACGGGUCGAGACAGUGCAUCGGCAAGAACGUUGCCAUGAUGGAGGUGAGUGACUCUGCAAACCUCUCUCGACUCCCCCUCUGA